AUGCUUUUAGCAAUAUCAUCUCAACGAUUAUUCUCACGUUCAGCCAUCCUUGCUGCCUACAAACAUCAAAUAUCUUCCAUUUCGAUUCAUUCGAAUAAUAGACGACAUCGGUCUUCAUCUCAAUCUCAUCGAAGUAAUCCAAAUCGACCGGCAAAUCAGACAGACAAUUUACGUCGACUUUUUCAAGCAGUUGAUGUCAAACCAAUCAUAUCCACUGAAAAACUUGAUACACCAACGUCAACAAAAGAUGUAGAUGCAAAUAUAGGGCAAGAAUUGACUGGUGGGAAAACGCUGGAUCGAAACUCACUUCUUCGUGUAAUAACCGACUUUUAUCGUCGUGAUGAAAUCAAAAAAUUGGCUGCUGACCAAGGUCUUGAUAUUCGAUUAUUUCAAGAUGCAUAUGUUAGUUUUAGAAAGUUUUGUAUUCAAUCAACAGUUUUACCUGUAGAUUUACAUAUUGUAUUGAGCGAUAUCAUCUCUGGAUCUGGUAAGAACUCAAUUAUCUUUGCAGAAUCAAUGCGUCAUGUUUGUAAAGGUCAUGCAACGGAUAUCUUUCCUUAUUUUCUCCGACAUGCACGAGAAAUGUUUCCACAUUUGACAUGUAUGGAUGAUCUAAAGAAAAUUAGUGAUCUUCGAGAUCCAGCGAAUUGGUAUCCAGAUGCUCGAGCUAUUCAAAGAAAAGUGAUUUUCCAUGCUGGUCCAACAAAUAGCGGAAAAACUUAUCAUGCACUUCAACGGUUUAUGAAUAGUGAAAGCGGAGUCUAUUGUGGACCAUUAAAACUAUUGGCAUCAGAAGUUUUCUAUAAAACGAAUGCAGCUGGCACAAAAUGUGAUCUAGUAACGGGCGAAGAACGACGGUAUGCUGAUCCAGAAGGCAAAGCAGCUAAUCAUGUUGCGUGUACAGUUGAAAUGACGAAUUUAACAACAGUUUAUGAUGUAGCAGUUAUUGAUGAAAUUCAAAUGAUGCGUGAUCCACAACGUGGUUGGGCAUGGACUCGAGCAUUGCUUGGCAUUCAAGCAAAAGAAAUCCAUCUAUGUGGUGAAGGUUCAACAAUACGACUUAUUCAAGAAUUAAUGGUAACAACAGGUGAUGAAGUGGAAAUUCGAGAAUAUAAACGAUUAACAAAAUUAAAUUAUCAAGAGAGAGCAUUAGAAACAUUCGAUAAUGUCAAACCUGGCGACUGUUUUGUCUGCUUCAGUAAAAAUGAUAUUUUUCAUAUAACACGUGAAUUAGAACGACGUGGACAUGAAGUAGCAGUUAUCUAUGGUUCAUUACCGCCAGGUACAAAGUUAUUACAAGCUCAACGGUUUAACGAUCCCAACGAUUCGUGCAAAAUAAUGGUGGCGACUGAUGCGAUUGGAAUGGGUUUGAAUUUGAGUAUAAAACGAAUUAUCUUCUAUAGUCUGAUGAAACCGCAAUUGAAUGAACAAGGAGAGAAAGAAAAAGAUACUGUAACAACUUCACAAGCACUACAAAUUGCUGGUCGAGCGGGAAGAUUUGCAAGUGCUUUUCCCGAUGGUGAAGUAACAACAUUUCGUCGUGAUGAUUUACCUUUAUUAAAAGACAUCGUCAAUCGACAAGUAGAAACAAUUAAGCGUGCUGGACUUCAUCCAACAGCUGAACAAAUUGAAAUGUUUGCAUAUCAUUUACCUAAACAUUCACUUUCGAGUUUAAUUGAUAUUUUUGUUCUUCUAUCGCAAUUAGACGAUAGUUUAUUUUUUAUGUGUAAUGUUGAAGAUGUGAAAUUUCUAGCUGAUAUUAUUGAACAUGUACCAUUACCACUCCGUGCUCGUUACACAUUUUCAUGCGCUCCAAUCAAUAGAAAAAUGCCUUUUGUGUGUACAGUAUUUUUGAAGUAUGCUCGUCAAUUUAGUCGAAGUGAACCGACGACAUUCGAUUGGCUUGCAAAACAAAUCAACUGGCCAUUCGAAAUUCCUACUACAAUUAUGGAUUUAGUUCAUCUAGAAGAAGUAUUCGAUUGUUUAGAUCUUUAUUUAUGGUUAAGCUUUCGCUUUCCGGACAUGUUUCCUGACAAAGAAUUAAUUCGAGGAAUCCAAGCAGAACUUGAUCAAAUCAUACACGCAGGUGUACAACAUAUUGUCAAACUUAUCCAUCGAACAAAUCGUCUGGAAGAUGCGAAAGAUGUUGCUGUAACAGCCUCAACAACAGAAAAAACAGCGGAAGCUGUUGCCGCCAUUAGUGAAGAAGCAAAAUCAGUCAGUGGAACUAAAUCAAAUGCACCAAAAAUACGAUCAAUCAUUGGAUUAGAGGAAGAACUUGAUGUUGAUACAACAGCAACGACAUCAGCAACAACCACACCUGCUCAAGAAACUAAAAGUGAAGAUCAGUCUACACUACUGACAAUGAGUACUCACAGAGUUCUUCACUCAUAUUUGAGUGCAUUAAAAACACAAGCAGAAACACGUGGACAUGAAUUCAAUGAAACUGAAGAUCUGAUCAAACAGUUAAUAUCAAAAGGUUUACUAAGUCAACGAUCAGUAGACAAAUUGGAAAAGCAAUUAGCAACAUUUAAUAAUAAUGAUAAACGAACGAGUAAAAACCGAGAAACAACAAAACCAACUACACCUCAUACGACAUAUAAAAAAAGCAAACGAAAAUAG